UUCACCUUGUUUCAGAUGUAAAGUGAUAAAACCAAGUUUAUCACAAUGUCAAUCAGUAUCUUCCUCGGACAUACUAUCAUCAAGUACUUGUGAAGAAGAAAUUAAAACAGAAUGUGAACCUGUACAAAAUGUAAAGUCAGUCCAAUGUCAAAAAUCGCAUGACAGCAUGAUUUUAAAAUUGAAAAACGACGUUUGUGAAUUAAGUGAGCAGUUAAAAAAAAUUAUUCAUGAAAAUCAUUGUUUACACCUUCAACUUAAUAAAACUAUUGACAGAAAUAUGUUGCUGAAAGAGGCUUUGAAGCGACCGGCACCUUUCAAAAAGACUGCUAAAGGAUUUCGAUUUCCUGGCAAAAUAGAAAUGGAAGAAAAACUAAAAAAUAUGAAAGAAGAAAUAUUACAUCUUAACAAUCAAAUUAAAGAAAUUAAAAAUAAUCAACAAAAAAUUAAAUUGGCUAAAGAGUUUUUUGACCAAUAUAGUGCAUUAGCAUCUAAAUGCGAGUGUAAUCACAUUUCACCAUGUUCAAAAGAGAACUUGGACGAAAUCAUAAGAAUAAAAACAGAACAAAUUUUGCAAUCCAAAAACCAAAAUACAUUAAAAUCUGAGGAAUUGAAAAUGUUAAAAGACGAUUUAGAGUGCUCUGUAAGUGAAAGUAGAGAAACAUUUGACAAAAUCGGCGAAUCUCGUUCUGAAUUAUCUAAAAUAAAUUCACAAAUUGACCAGUUAUCAAAAAACUCGGAAUUUGAUUUAGAUAUAGAUGAAGAAGGAUUGAAAAAAACAUUAAAAAAGAUUUUGGAAGAAGUAGACAUUUUAGAGUUAACAAUCCGAAAUUGUGGCGACGAAAUGUAUGAAUGUGAAAUAAGUACUUCCAAGAUAAAGGAAGAAACGCAAGAAAUUGAAAAAUCAAAUAAAAAUCUCUAUGAUAAAAUUCAAGAAUCACAAGAAAUGUUUGAAUCUAAUUGUGAGGAGAUGCGUGAAAUCUACCAAAAACAAUUAGAACAAGUAACCGCUAUCCCGGUUCUUUUAAGCGCCACUCAAAGAAAACUACAAAACAUUGUUGAUAUGAGGGUAUUAACAGGAGAAACUUGUGAGCAUCUUAAAAAUGAACUAAAUGAAGAACAAAAAAAUUCAAAGCCCCACCAGUGUCCUAUAAAAGAAAAAGAACAAGUAGAAGCACAUAUUAAAUUAUUAAAUGCACAUUUAGAGAUGGAAAAUAAUGAACUUGAAGCAAAAAUCACUAAUCUAAAAAAAAAAAUAGACGACACCAGUUCGGCUUUAUCAAAUGAAUUAUCCACAAACGAAUCGAUCCGUGAAGAAAUAGAAAUAAUAAGUACAAGUAGCCUACAGCAAAUAAAUAUUAUGAAAAAAUUUGCCCGAGAUAGUCUAAAUAGAUACACGAACGAAGUUAAAUGUCUAAAAGAAUUAUUGACUGAACUUCAAAGUAGAGAAUGUGAAAACUCUAUGAUGAAGAAAAACGUCAUAGCUAAAAUAAAAGAAAAAACUAAUUUGCUUGACCUUACUUUUCAAAAAACUAUAGUAGAUGUUGACAAUGUAUUGAAAUUGUUGGAAUGAAUACUAUUUUUCGAACAAUUAUUAUACUACUAUGCUAUUAUAUUUAUUAUUAAAAAAAAAAAAUUUUGUUUUCUAUUGAAAAUAAAUACAAAUUUAUUGGAAAAACAAUGAAAAUAUAAUUAUAUACAUAAUUUUACCUGUACAAAAUUAUGGAUCAUUCAUUAAGAGUGAUGAAAAUUAUAUAUAGAUAGAAAACUAAUGAAUUGGUAAGGAGGAUGCUUGUCUCCCUAAAAUUGCUGCAAUCGACUUUGUGAACUUUUUUGAUAUAGUUGGCUAGAUCAAAUUUUUAAAAGUCAGCCAAUCUUCCAAAUACACUUGGUUGCCUCCCUUAAAAUAAUGACUUUGAAACGCCCUUGAGAAUAAAAUAUUACUUAUGCAAGUUUAUUGGCUCAUUAUUGAUAGUAAUAUGUUCUAACUAUUCUAAUAAUAAUUUAACAAUGUAUGCACUUGUGUACU